CCAAGCGACAUAGACAACGCAGUCGCGGCCUUAGGCGGGUCAACCCACGCAACCGACCUCGCAAACAGUACCAUACAGUCUCAGAAGGCACCAGUCAGAACCGCCUUCAUGUCCGACGUCGAACAAGUCGUGGUACAGCUUUCAGAUGUUUGCAGCCGUUUCGAGAGCGUUAUGAAUGAAACAGACACUAUGUCAGCGGAGGAGAGAUUGAGCUCUGGCUAUCUGUCCGAAUCUCGACAGAGGGAAGACGUGGAGGUGCAGACUGGUGACGGACCAGACUCGCCAUUAGUAGAGGAUAACCUUGACGUGCUCUUGGCCCCCGUCAGGCGAGGUCGAGAAGGCUAUGACUUUGAGGCCGCCAAGCCAGAGUUGAAGCGGAAGCAGCCACCAUACAAUCCCGGAGGUUGGCUCUGA